CUUCCUUAAAAGCUUAUGUAGAGAAUUUUGCUAUUUUGUGUGGUAACUGGGGAGAGUUCAGAAUCCAAUCUUUCUCACACUCUUACCUUCUCUCUCUCUCUCUCUUAAAAUGCUUCUAGUAUCUCCGAUCUCUGCCUCUCUACCUCCGUCAUUGUACCGAGGAAAUUUAAUCCGGCGAUCAAUUAAGCCGUCAUGUAGGGGAGUCGUAGCAAAGGCCAAGGACAAUACUGACUCUGGUGGAUUUUUGGAGACGGCAGCUGUAGCCGGUGGUUUAGUGUCGACGCCGGUUAUCGGAUGGUCCCUCUACACUCUGAAGACCACGGGGUGUGGCUUACCUCCAGGACCGGCUGGUUCAAUCGGAGCGUUGGAAGGUGUGAGCUACUUGGUGGUGGUUGGCAUCGUUGGUUGGUCUCUCUACACUAAAACAAAAACCGGGUCGGGUCUGCCAAAUGGGCCGUAUGGUUUGUUGGGCGCUGUGGAAGGAUUGUCGUAUCUGUCGGUUCUAGCCAUUCUUGUGGUGUUCGGUCUUCAGUUCUUGGGUAAUGGGUCGAUUCCUGGUCCACUUCCUAGUGACCAGUGUUUUGGUUAGCCACGUGUAAUGUCGUAUAAACAAAGUGUCAAUUAAUAAUUUUUAUCAGAAGUCACAUUCGAUUCAA